GCCGGUGCCGAAACUGCGUGUUGUGGCGAUGCUUUGGUAAUUUUGGUUAUAAAACCAUCGCGUGAGUAUUUUUUCUGCGGCUUUCCCGACGUGCUGGUCACUCCCAACGAAGAGAAACUUUUUCAACAAUUUCUCUGGUGCUGGUCACCCUUGAAAUUACCCAUUUUCCUUUCGAGCCGCCCACUUGCUUCAUUGUACAUCAAAUUGCGGUGGGAAUGCAGAAUCCUGCCUUAUCGUCUUUCUCAAUUUCUGCUGCUUUCCCUCAUCCGGUUAAGCAGGACGAAAUCACUAUCCCCAGAUCACUGCUCUAUAUCAUAGUCUCAUCCAUCUUCAUCUCAUUUCUGCUCCUAAUCGUCUCGCUCCUUGACCUCGGAUAUUGUUCACUCUGGUUGACACCCCCACUAUGCCUUUUCACGCUGCUGUAUUUCACCGGUGUACUUGUUCUUUCCCGAAUGGAGCGCACAAUUGAGGAACCGACCUAUUUUCCGACGGUCGUCUUUGUUGGUUAUAUCAUGACGAUAAUUUGGCUGGUAUCUUUCAUCCUUACCGUCGUCGUCUUUGCAGCGUAUCCGCACAUGGUAGAUGCUUUGCGUCAGCAAGGUCUUCACACGGCAUCUGCUGGAUUGCAGAGGUUCCAAUGUCUGCUUUGCAUGACCAACCUUGGUCUGGUUGGUGGAUUCACUGCCCGCAGUCAUGUAAUCGCGAUGGAGGAGGGUGAUCCAGAGAAUUGGAGGAUAUUAAUAGAGAAAACGCAGAAUCCGGCUGCCAAUCGUCCAAUUCGAGUCCAUCAUCAAGUCAAUCUGAAUGAUCCUUCCAUGAUUCAAGAGCCUCGCGAAGCUCCUGCCCCUACCAUUCAGCCUGACUGGAUCACUGCAGCUGUCCUCGAAGAUAAUAUGACUGUGGCUCCUAGAACACCCAAGCCUCCGUCUUCGCCUUGCCCCCAGAUUGAAAUUUCUCCGCCAGGUCCAGUGGAUGAUUUGUACGACGAGGCUUACAUGAGUGACUAUCACCGCGAGGAAGUACCGGAACAUCAGGUCUCCCCUCGUGCCCCUCAUAGUCCUUUUGCCCCGCGCAGUCCUCGCGGUAAACCAGACAGCGAGUAUUCGGAAAAGGAGCACUUCGAACGGGCAUACUCCCCUCGUCAACCGGUGUUUUCUCCUCGCCUAGUACAUUUACCUCCUUCGCCUUUGCCUCCUUCGUCUUAUCAUUCGCACCCAACGCCCUCCGAUACCGACUCUUUUUACGAUGACUCGGAGACUCCCGAGACUCCUGACAGAUGGUCUGACGAGGAUGAGGUCGAGGAAGAGUAUCAUGCUGCACACUUGAGGUAUUAAAUAAUGGAUGAAUAUGGGGUGCGCUGAGCUUUGAGCCUUUUAUGUAUGUACGAAUGUUCUCGGUG